GCCAUGGCACUCAAUUGGCAAGACGUCGCAGUGUUGUUGCAAAAAUGAUUCGGUUGGGACGUGUUUUGCGAACGGCUGCAGUGCAGCAUCAGUUGCGGUCGCUUAGCGGAAAGCAGGCACCUGCAGCUGGCGGGGAUUCGAUGCCCAAACAAUGUGAUGUUCUGAUCAUUGGAGGCGGCGGCAUGGGCGCCUCCUCGGCCUACUGGCUCAAGAAGAGAGCAGAGCAAAAGAAACUGAGCGUGCUGGUUGUGGAGCGAGAUUCAGGCUACACGACUGCAUCGACUGUGCUGUCAGUGGGCGGCGUGCGGCAACAGUUCUCGCUGGCGGAGAACAUAAAUAUGUCGCUGUUUGGUUACGAUUUCAUAUCCGACUGCCGCAGUCAUUUGGGCGAUGUGGAGUUGAACUUUCAGCCACAUGGAUAUCUGAUCUUGGCCAGCGCGAAUGGCGCCGAAAUUCUCAGUCGCAACUCUAAGCUGCAGAAUGAACUGGGCGCCUGCAAUGAGCUGCUUGGUCCGGCUGCGUUGCGCAGUCGCUUUCCCUGGCUCAGCACACAGGACGUCGAGCUGGGCUGCUACGGUCUCAACAAAGAGGGCUGGUUUGAUCCUUGGGCCUUGCUAAUGGGCUUCAAGAAGCAGGCACGCGCCUAUGGUGCUCAGUUUGCCAAUGGAGAGGUGACGGGCUUUGAGUACAAUUCAGCUGGUCAGCUCUCUGCUGCUGUGGUGACCUCUGCCGAUGAUAGCAAACACACUGUGAAGUUCGACAAUUGCGUCCUGGCUGCGGGCGCACACUCUGGGCAUGUGGCACGUCUGGCCAACAUUGGCACUGGCAAGGGGCUGCUGAGCGUUCCGUUGCCCGUGGAGCCACGCAAGCGUUAUGUCUACGUCUUCAAUACGCAGGGAUGCAAUUGUCCGGGCAUAGCCACGCCUAUGACCGUCGAUCCCGAUGGCACGUACUUCCGACGCGAUGGCCUCGGGGAAAAUUUUCUGUGCGGUCGCAGUCCGGCGGAUAAUGAGGAGCCCAACUGUGAUACGCUCGACGUUGACCAUGGCUACUUUGAGUCCGAUGUUUGGCCCACACUGGCCAGCCGUGUGCCCGCCUUCGAAUCGGUCAAGGUGCAGAGCAGCUGGGCCGGCUACUACGAUCACAAUUGCUUCGAUGCCAAUGGCAUCAUUGGACGGCAUCCGCACUACAGGAAUCUGUACAUCGCUGCUGGCUUCAGUGGCCAUGGCAUACAGCAGACGCCAGCGGUGGGUCGGGCCAUUGCCGAACUUAUAUUAGACGGAAAGUAUGGAACACUUGAUCUCAGUCGAUUGGGCUUUGAGCGUCUGGUGGCCCAGCAGCGCAUGCUGGAGGCGAACAUUGUCUAGAAACUGGAAUAUGUAAAUAAAUAAUUAGUUUCUUGUUUCGAUUUAUUGUAA